AUGAUUUUUUCAAAUGAUAGAAGCUGCAGCAAUGGUGGAGGGAUAUCAUCUCCUGCAUUAAUAGAUCGGAUUGCAUAUGGGGGACUUGCCGAUCCCCUUGAGCUUACCCCAUAUGCAAUCCGAUCUAUUAAUGCAGGAGAUGAUAUCCCUCCACCAUUGCUACAGCUUCUAUCAUUUGAAAAAAUCAUUGGUGAUCCAAAUGACAAUGACAGAUACAAACUUGUCUUGUCAGAUGGCACCUAUAUGCAAGUGGCCAUUUUGCCAACCAAGGCCAUCAUUGUAUUCACUCUUGAUGUGAAAAAAAUAGAUUACCAUUUGCUUGGCAAACCUCGAUACCUCUUCAAGGAACAAGAAGAGCAAACGUUGGGCCGAGAAACCCCGCCACCCACUAAACAUGCUCUUAAAUUCGGUGCAGAUUUGCCUUCCCCACAAAAUGGUCCUUCUGAAAAUAUCAGCCCUAUUAAAAGCUUGAACCCUUACCAAAACAAUUGGACCAUAAAAGGUUGCGUAACAAAUAAGAGGAAGAUGCAUAAAUAUACCACGCCAAAAUGCAAUGGGCAGGUUUUUAGUUUUGAUAUUAUAGAUGAAGAGGGUUGUGAAAUUAGAAUCACUUCCUUUGACGAAAUUGCUGAAUUACACUAUCAUCGAAUCGAGCAAGGAGCUUCAUAUGUUCUGUCCAAAGUUUUGAAGCGUUGUGCCCCUGAUGCUGUUGGGCCUGAUAAAAAAACCCGCUUCACCCCUAUUGAUGAACUUCUCACCACUACCAACAAUACUUUGAUUGAUGUUAUUGGUGUUGUUGUCAAUGUCGGAGAGAUCUCUGUAAUUCAUAGAAAGGAUGGCUCUGUUGUAAACAAGAUAAUAGUAAAAAUAAAUGAUAUGUCAACUUUGACAAUAGAUGUUAACCUUUGGGGCCCAUCCUCAGAAAAACUAGGCAAUGACUUGAAGAAUAUGCAUACAUCUGGAACAUUUGUCAUCCUUGUUGUUCAAAAUGCAAGGGUUGGUUAUUUCAACGGAAAAGUCAUAAAUACAUCAGCAUCCACAGCUUUUGAAAUCAACCCUUCUAUUCCUGAAGCUGAGCCCCUCCGUUUAAGAGGCCCUAUCCAACAAAGCCUUGAUCCACAUCCUUCAGCUCUCCAUUGCAAAAAUAACCAGUAUCAAAGAAUGUCAAUUGCAUCCAUCUUGCAGCGCCUUAGUGUUAUGCCUGAAGCCAUUGAGACUACUAUUAUAGCUGUGUUGCGCUUCGUAAAGGAAGACCCCUUUUACUAUAUAGCUUGCCCAUUGCAAUUCAAUAGAAAAGAAUGUAAAAAAAAAUGUGCUAAAUUAGCUGAGAAUUUGUGGUCCUGCCCUAGGUGUCAAACACAAUUCCCUGAAUGUAACUACAAAUACCUCCUCCACAUGAAACUGCAAGAUCAUACAAGCAUUGUUUGGGCUAAUGCAUUUGACAACGUUGGCACAGAACUCUUCUCUCUGUCUGCAAAGGAGCUAUACAUGUUACAAUAUGACUUGACAACAGAAAAAACACCUCACAUCAUACUCAAAAAAGCUAUGUUCAAGCACUAUACCUUUACAACUUUAGUGUCUACUGACACAUUCAACUCUGAGCGCAGGAUCAAAGUCACAAUCGACAAAAUGCAAAGACUCGAUUUCAAAGCUGAGUACCCCUGCCUGCUUGCAGAAAUUGCCCAAAUGCAUGCAAUCACAUGA